AGUGGAGUCGGAGUCUAAACACACAUUUUGUUUAUGUUUUAUGUCUGUCUCAGUUUGUACACAGAGCCUGGAGGGCUCGGGCUGGUGUUUGUAGAGCAGCUGCCUUCGACCAUUCUCCAUGGCGUGAGCCUGGAGCAUCUCAGCACUCCAAACGUUCCACCGUGGAACAGGAAACAUUUGCCAUUGGUUGAGCCCACGGAAGUGACGGUCCAUGUGUGGAUUUUUACAGUUCCCUCUUCUCAGCUGUCUCCUCACUGAAAGGAACACUGGUCUCCAGACAGGCACACUUGCAACCAUGAUGCUGAAGCUCUACUUUCUAGGCUUCCUCAUCAAGUCCCUCCUGACCAUUGGAAUAGAGACUCAGCCGGCCCAUGGAUCUCUGAAGCCUCGGAACGUCCAGUUUCAGUCCAGAAAUUUCCACAACAUUUUGCGAUGGCAGCCAGGGAGCUUCUUCACCGGCAAUGGCAGCGUCUACUUUGUGCAAUAUAAAAUGUAUGGGCAGAGACAAUGGAAGAAUAAAACGGACUGCUGGGGGACCACAGCGCUCUUCUGUGACCUGACCAAUGAAACCUUAGACCUGUAUGAGCCGUACUAUGGGAGGGUGAUGACAGCCCGGGCUGGGAGCUACUCUGCCUGGAGCAUGACACCCCGCUUCACCCCGUGGUGGGAAACAAAGCUGGACCCUCCCGCCGUGACUACGGUCCCAGUUAACGGAUCUUUGCUGGUGCUCCUCCGUGCCCCAGAGCUGCCGUACAGAAACCGAAAGGGAAACAAUACAUCUACGGAAAAUUACUAUAACUUAGUAUACCGAGUUUUCGUAAUUGACAAGUUGGUAGAAAAGGAGCAAAAGGCCUAUGAAGGAACUCAGAGAACUGUUCAAAUUGAAGGUCUGACUCCUCGCUCUGGUUACUGCAUAGUGGCAGAAAUAUAUCGGCCCAUGUUAGGCAGAAAAAGCCCGAGAAGUGAGCGAAGAUGUGUGCAGAUGCCAUGAGCUGGUCUGAGGCACUCUGCAGUGCCGAAACCAAACGCAUAUUGAAGAUGGGAUGGCUUGAGCCUGCAACAGCUUGCUGACUACUGUUUCUGUUUUCUUAGCGCAAUGCCUACCAACACCUUUCAAGGGUUUCUUUCUCAAUACUUUCUUUUCCGUUUUAGUUACAAGGUAAAUUUGAACUGAUUCAAAGAUUAGAAUUUAAAGAAGAGAAAGAGAUUAGAGAGCCAUGAUAGCUUGUGUCUUUAAUUCCAGCAUAGGAGAGGCAGAGAUAGGCAGAUCUCUGACUUUGGGGCCAACCUGGUCUCCUUAGAGAGUUACAGGCUAACCAGGGCUACAUAGUGAGACCCUGCCUCAAUAAAAUAGGAUAGUAAGAUAAAGAUUUUCUAUAAAACCCAGAAGUUUAUUUCUGAAUAUAGCAACCCUAACAAUAAUCUUUUUUUUCUGUUAAAACUGCAAAAUAAGAAUCAAGAAAUAACAAGCAUUUAAUAAAAUAUAGUAAUAAUUUUUAAUGCAUUAUAAACAGACAAUCCUGCUUCAAUAAUUUUUUUGCUUUGCCACAGAUACACUGAUUUAGUAUUUUAUGUGAAUGACUAUGUUUCUGUACAUUUCUAUUUUACAUGAAUAUAUUUUCAUAGUUUUAUUUCUUAUGAGAUAUUUUUACUUAGUGACCAAUGCUUUCAAAAUGGCCUCUCAUGGCUCUGAAUUUAAUCUCUAGAUUAAGAUUUUUCAACAAUAGCAUAUAAAUAUUGAAGAAAAUCUCCAUAAUACAAUCUCUCUUCACUUAACACUUAAUCUUAGUAAGAUUACCCUUUCUGGUUUUGUUUUCACCUUUAAAAGAAUCAGGUCUUUAUCAGCAGGAAAGGCAGAAAGAAGUUCAUAGGCCACACUGAUAACUCAGCCAUUCAGGCAAAGGGGUCUCUUUCUAUUAGAAUGACAGCUUGGUUGAAGACAGUUGAAGUCCAUGGAGGAAACUUGGUUUGAAGCUAAAGGCACACAGGGGAAGCUUAAAUUGUUUCAGGGAUUAUAAUGAAAAUCAAACCCCUGUAAACUCUACUGCCUCUCCUGAGCAAAGAUCAGGUGCCCUAAGGCUCAGAAAUUGGCCAGCUUCCCCUGGUUUAAAUCUUUCUGCAGCUCCUUGAACUUAAGUUAUCUACUAGCGAGGAGACAUGCAUGAAAAACAUCUGUGAUCUUCAAGAAAGAUGCUCCAGAAUCUAACUCCCAAAAUUACUGUCCAUGAUGAACAGCCACAGGUCCUUCAAACUGUGCAAGAAAUAUGUAAAGCAGCAUCUGGAGCACUGCCUUGCUGUUGUGUAUGAUCAGAAAACAUUGGUUUUUUUUUUUUACUCGUAUUUUUGAACUAUUCAAUUUUUAUUUCUCUUUGUGUCUUAGUACCUUUUUUGUGCUUUUGUACUUGGGGAAGGACGAUGACUUGAGGAUACCAUCAGUGGGGCUCAGGCUUAGGCUGUGAACUCGGUCAUCUAGAGCCUCAUAACACGAAAAGCAAUGGUUGGCACAUGGAUGUUAUCCGAUAACAUAGAGUUUGGUUUUGAUUUUGUUUUGCUUUGGGUUUGCCUUCAUACCUGAGCACAGCUAUGCUUAUGGAAAUGAGAAAUGCUUUGAGAAACAUUGCAAUUUUCGCAUAACAUGAUUAUGUUAAGAACAUAUUGUCGUAUUACUUCAAUAAAUCUGACUUUGUGCAUUGA